AUGACGAAUCUCGAACCAUCUCAUUCGGCUCCUACAAGUUCAAUCAAACUUACCCAACGACAUGAUCGAUCGACUUUGAGUGUUGUGGCACAGAAAGCAAUCAAGACCUUCUCCGAAACAAUCCUCAAAACACAUCCUCCCUUUCCAUCCGGAUCUCCUCAAUUAACCCCUCACCAUUCAGUCAAGAAACAUUGUCGAAUCACCGAACAUCAUAUCGCAGAUACAUAUAUCUACACCUUCUCAUCCCUCUCCACCCCGCCACCGUCUCCAUCCACCGAGCAGAAACCCCCCGUGGUUCUCGAUAAAUUAUAUUAUUUCGCAGGUGGAGGAUUCAGAAGUGGCGCUCUGAAAGAACAUUGGACUCUCUGCGCUGAACUAUCCAAGAAGCUUCCCGAAUACGAAAUCAACAUCGUUAGUUAUCCUUUGGCGCCCAGCUCCCCAGCUGCCCAAUCAUUGCCGCUUUUGAGAAAAUUCUAUGAUGCUCUGGCGGAACAGGCAAAGAGGGAGGGAUAUAGAAUUACAUUGAUGGGGGAUUCGGCUGGGGGAAAUAUUGCGUUGGUUCUGGGACUUUAUGGAGCGACUUGUUGGUUACGGGAUGCUGGGUUAGAAGGAGCUGGGAAUGUAUGUCCAUUAAGAAAUAUAAUGGUCAUGUCACCACCCACCGACAUGCGAAACACAAAUCCGGGAAUCGACGCAAUAGAUUCUCACGAUCCCAUCCUUUCGCGAGCCAUCAUCACCGAGGUAGCAGAAAGAUGGCGUCAGGAUAUACCAGCAGAAGAUCCAACGGUUUCGCCUCUUCUGGCCGAUUUAAGCGUGUUUAAAAAGGCAGAUGUACAAGUAGAUGGAGUGGUAGGUUUAUAUGAUUGUUUGGCUCCCGACUCAGUGGAGUUUAGAAAGAAAUUAGAGACGGAAGGAGUAAGAGGGGAGUGGUUAGAAUGGGAUAAGCAGAUGCAUUGUUUUCCAUUGACAUUUUCAUAUAAGAUAUCCGAGGGAGUGUUUGGGAAGGAUUGGAUUAUAGAUGUUUUGAGGCGCAAUUUGGAGCAAUCGAUAGAGAAAUAG